AUGCUGGCUGACUGGGUACUCACUGCCGCUCCCGGCUUCGACAGCAAAGGGGAUGGAGAAUAUGCGUUCCAGGCUCUUCCUUCACGCAUGACCGAGGACUUCGCGGUUGACGCUUUGGAAGCCCUCGAGGCCGCGGUGACUUUCGCGCGGAGCCCGCUUGCGGCUGUGAGAGAAGCAAGGGCCUGGCGAGAGGUGAUCGCGCCUACCCAACAGCAGACCGGCGGCAACAGCAGUAACAGCAACAGCAGUCGUGGCAGGAGCAGGAGUGGCGGGGAGAAACAGCAACAGCCCUCGGUGCCGGAGCUUUCGGGCCUGACGCACGCGAGCCACCUUCUGAGCCUCGUCGGCUGCUGCCCCUCCGUCGAGCUCGAGGCCGCGUUCCCUUCCCUGGCUCGCGAGCUGCUGCGCCUCCUGCGGCAACGACAACAACCACACGGCGGCUGGGGGGGUAGCGGCGGGGCAGCUGCGGCGGGCGGAUGUGACAAUGAUGACGCCAACGAUGCUACGACGCGUGCCGUGGCCCUUGCCGCGGUAGACGAAGCCGUGCGACGUCUGCUCCACGAUGCGGGAAGAGCGGUGCCCUCUGGCGGAGGCGGAGGUGGUGGCGGCGGCGGCGGGGGGGGGGGCAAGAGCAAGGUUGGCGGCGGGGGGGAAGCGGAGGGGGUUGGCCGACAGGCCGUCAUCGCCCUUCUGCCGAAGCUCGUUCCAGCCGUCACGGCCUGUCUGGAGGGCUCCACAAGCGCCGACGGGGCCUCUUCCUUACCCCCACCCCCGGCGGUGGCGGCGGGCGCUCUCGGCGUCCUGGAGGCGCUCGUCUUCUUGCUGCGGUCGACGAUGCGGCCUCACGUCAAGAAAGUGGAGGCUGCGACCGCGCCGUGGCUGCAGGGUCCCAGCGACGUGAUCCGAGACCGAGCGGCCGCCGUCCUGGCUUCUCUCCCGCUGUGCGGGGAAGCGGAGGCGUGGACGCAGGCGGCGGGGAGGGUUACUCUCGAGGCGCACGGCCUCCUUCACGCGGCGUGGCCCGACAACGACGUGGACAUGGGCACCAGCGACAGCAUGAGCCCCUCGCAGUUGGACGCGGCUCUUAGCUCGGGGGCGGGGUUACUUCCUCCCCUCGGGGGAAGGGCCGGGGAGGGAUUCAGCGGCCCGCAGCAGGUGUUGGCGUCGCUCGUCUCGAGGCGCUUCAAGGGCCUUUGCCACGUGCUGGAGCUGAUGCUGACAGGAGAUUCGAACGGCAGGCCGGUGGCCGUCCCGGUUGGCCUUAUCCUUGCGCUGGUGGAGAGGGUUCAGCGCAUGGUUUCUUCCGUGGUGAAAGGCCAAGGCCCCCAGGUCUUCAUCCCCGUGGCCCAGGGAGCACUCUCGCACGGCGCCCUGAGCGUCAUCCGCCCGUCUCUCGGCCUCGCCGCGUCCCGGCUGCUGCACGCCUUAGCCACGACCGAGGCCUCCACUGUCCUACGCAACGCCCGACGUUUCUGCCGAGCACUGGUCCAGGGUAUGGGUAAGCCGUCCGACGCCGGCUCUCUCCGCGCCGCCGGCUACCGCGCCGUUUCGAGGGCCGUCCUUCAGCUCGGCGAGGGCGCCGCCCCGUACCUCGCCACGCCCGCUCUCCCGGCCAUCCUCGCUGAGGUCAGGGCCGCCGUCGCCGCAUCCGAGCCUGAGGCCGCUGGCGGUGGCGGCGGCGUCGCGGGAGGGCGGACCGGAGCGGCGGCCUUGUCGGAGGAGCAGGCCGUGUGCGCCGGACUGUCGUGCUUGUCGCGGGUGGUGGUGUGCUGCAAGGGCCACCUCCCGCUGGGGGGAAGGCUGGCCGUCGAAGAAGUGCUCCACCGCGGCCUCGAGCUCCUGUCGCACGCGGCGGGGGCGGCGAAGGGGAGUCGUGGCAACGGGGGCGGAGGCGUCGGCGGUGGUGCCAGUGGGGAGGGAAGGAGGUGUGCUCCGCUGGAGGACCCGCGGGUGGCGCGGGAGUUUUUUGGGUUGGCGCACGCGUGCUUGAUGACUCCCCUGGCGGACGGCACCAGGAGCGGCAGCCUCUCCGUCGCAAUCGCGGCGUUCCGAUCGCUCGCCUCGCACUCGGACGAGAGGCUGGCGGCGGCGAGCCAGCAGGCGCUCGCGGGGUGUGGCGCCAUCUUGUACCCCAGGGCCGCGCCGCUGCACCUCCCACACGCGGUAACCAGCCAGGCCCGAGCCUGGGGUGGAAGCAGUGCGAGCUCUACCGGUCGCGGUUUGCCCAUGGGAUGGGGGGACACGCUGAUGGUGGCGGAGGGAGAAUCGGCCGAAGAAGAAAGCCGAGAAGACCUCGACGACUAUCAACACCCAGGACGAGGCGGCGGAGCAGCGGGAGGAGGGGGGAUGGCGCUAACUGUGCGAGCGGCGGAGUUGGCCGCCGAAGGCCUGACCGCUGCCGCCGUCGCCGAACCCAUCGUGACCCCUCUGCCGCCGCCGCCACUCGCGGGGGCACAAACAGCGGCGGUCGAGGGGGGCGGGGGCUUCCCCCAGACCGUUCCUCGCGACGCGUCUUCUACUUCCACUGCUGCUGCUGCUGCUGCUGCCGGGGCCGGGGCCGGGGCUGGGGCCGGGGCCGAAAACGGCGACGCUGCCACGACAAGCAAUAGUGGGUCGGGAAAGGGUAAGGGCAAGGGCAGGGUCGGCGGCGGAGCCGUAGGCGGAGGGGGCAGCGGCGAUGGUGGCAGUAGCACGGGGGCGGGCGCAGCAGGAACGGUGGAGGAGGACGGGCACAACGAUAGCGGAGCGGCGGCGGCGGCGGCCGCGGGGACGCGAAAACGGCCCCGAAAUGACGGAGACGGGGACGGGGACGAUGCUCGCAAUGCUAUGGAGGACGAGGAGGAAGAGGAGGAGGAGGAGGUGGAAAAGGCAGCAGCGGUAGCUCCGAGAGGGGCCGCCGCCUCCGGGGGAGGAGGUGUCCCGACCGUCGUGAAACAACCGCAGCAACCAGUGGCGGCUGUUUUGGGCGGGGGCGACGAAGACGACGAUGACGAUGACUUUGAGUUCCCGGCCAUCGUCGACGCUGACCCAGACGUUGAGUAGAACACCGUGCAGGGUUUGCUGCCUCUCGGGUAUAAGAAGCGAAAGGGGUUGUGACGACCCCCUGGCAGGAAAACGAUGUCGGCUUGGGGGAUGUAGGCCCGUCAUACUGAGCGGAGGGGGCGCGGUAGCGGAGGGUUGCGAAAACCAAACGUGUUUCUUUGCCCUGUUUGGUUUGAGCACAUGGGCCGGUAGAAUCGCUCGUCGCGGAGAGUACAAUUGUUCUGGAAAUUUUCGUGAAGGUACAAGCGCGUGCGUGUGUCGGAGUUGGCGUGUUGGUGAGACAGCGCGAGAUGCGGACGCAACAUGGCCCGGACGCGACAGAUGCCUUUUGAGGCGCCAAAAAUAUGAAUCCUUUUUAUUGUUGUGUUUAUGCGCGAUCACACAAAAAAAGGUAGAUACCACAGGGAUUGAUCCAAGAUAAAAACACUGUCUAUUGAAAUGCAGUUACACCUGAGGACGUCCGUCAACGACGGCACGGGACAUUCUCUCCCCCGCCGGCACGAAAAUACGGCACGUUGAGUGGCCUAGUUUCAGCAACAAAAAGGGCGUGUGCCGCGUCGCGCCCCCCUUACACAAGACAAAACACAGAAUACCUGGGCCAUCGUGCCCGCACUCCUCUUUGUCGUACCCUUUUUUGACCCCAUUGUAUACCCCACGCUGUCCCGCCGAUAGUGGGGAAUGUCUUCUUCACUGGCCC